CCGACCGAGGGGUAAACUGAGGCACUUCGGACAGUGCCAUGCCCAAGGUCACGGAAAGAGUCGGUGGGAGAGGUCGCGGGGGUGGGGCCCGAGGGACCAUCUAGUCCGACGUCAUCUUUGACAGCCUCGGGGAGCAGUACUACCGAGAUGCCAUGGAGCAGUGCCACAACUACAACGCGCGCCUGUGUGCCGAGCGGAGCGUGCGCCUGCCCUUCCUGGACUCCCAGACCGGAGUGGCCCAGAGCAACUGCUACAUCUGGAUGGAGAAGCGCCACCGGGGGCCAGGACUGGCCUCGGGGCAGCUGUACUCCUACCCCGCUCGGCGUUGGCGGAAAAAGCGCCGGGCCCACCCUCCCGAAGACCCCCGCCUCACUUUCCCCUCCAUCAAGCCAGACACAGACCAGACCCUGAAGAAGGAAGGACUGAUCUCCCAGGAUGGAAGCAGCUUGGAGGCCCUCCUGCGCACUGACCCCCUUGAGAAGCGGGGUGCCCCCAAUCCGCAGGCGGACGACGAUAGCCUGGGGGAGUUCCCAGUUACUAACAGCCGAGCAAGGAAGCGGAUCCUGGAGCCUGAGGACUUCCUGGAUGAUCUGGAUGAUGAGGACUACGAGGAGGAUACGCCCAAACGCCGCGGCAAGGGCAAAGCCAAGGGCAAAGGGGUGAGCAACGCCCGGAAGAAGCUGGACGCUGCGAUCCUGGAGGAUCGGGACAAACCCUAUGCCUGUGACAAUAGUUUCAAACAAAAGCAUACCUCGAAAGCACCCCAGAGAGUCUGUGGGAAGCGUUACAAGAACCGCCCCGGCCUCAGUUACCACUACGCUCACUCCCACCUGGCGGAGGAGGAAGGAGAAGACAAGGAGGACUCCCAGCCUCCCACCCCCGUGUCCCAGAGGUCCGAGGAGCAGAAAUCCAAGAAGGGCCCCGACGGGCUGGCUCUGCCCAACAACUACUGUGACUUCUGCCUGGGGGACUCGAAGAUCAACAAGAAGACGGGGCAGCCCGAGGAGCUGGUGUCCUGCUCCGACUGCGGCCGCUCAGGGCACCCAUCCUGCCUCCAGUUCACCCCUGUCAUGAUGGCUGCCGUGAAGACCUACCGCUGGCAGUGCAUCGAGUGCAAAUGCUGCAACAUCUGCGGCACCUCAGAGAACGAUGACCAGCUGCUCUUCUGCGACGACUGUGAUCGUGGCUAUCACAUGUACUGUCUGACCCCCUCGAUGUCGGAGCCGCCCGAAGGGAGCUGGAGCUGCCAUUUGUGUCUGGACCUGCUGAAGGAAAAGGCUUCCAUCUACCAGAACCAGCACUCUUCUUGAUGUGGCCGGAGCCCGGGCACCCCAGGCCCCUUCCCCGGACGGGGCUCUCUUUCGAACCUCUCUCUCGUUUCCCACUUUCUCCUCUCCCGUCCUCCUCUUUGGCAGGCCCAGGGAGGGCAGUGCCAGGUUGUGUGGGGCGGCAGGCCAGGCUGACCUGGCAGCUCGGACACUGCCUGGCCCCGGCCCCUCCUGGAGAUGGGGGAGACAGGCUGCCCCUAGGAAGAACGGCCCGGCUUCUCCUCGCUCCUUUGCUCUCCGUAAAGUGCAUUCACUCUGCCUGCCUUGGGCCCAGGCCCUGCUUCUCACAGGGUUCAGCUGUGCCCUCCACGCCGGAGCAGGAGGGCAGCUCACUCCUUUCCCAGCUCUGUCCACUCUGCCCCUCGGGUUUGCCCUCCUUGCUUUCUGAGGGCAUUCCCAAGGGACUGUGGAAGCUGGGCAAGCGUGGGGGGCUCUCUGCCCCCCCCACCUCUCCACUUUCCCACCUCCUCUCCUUCCUGCCCCUGCAGCAGAAGGGUACCCGGGGCCCGGCAUGACCUCGCUCCCCCCGGCCCCUUGGUGCUGCCCCUGGCCGCAGUGACCCCUCCCUCCCUCCCGGCUCAUCUUCUGCAGCCUCUUUAGUGGCGAAAGUGAUUCUCUACCUUGUGCGUCCACUCUCUUUCCUCAAUUCCCCUUCUCCUUGUUGUUGUUUUGUUUUGUGGGGAGAAGGGAAGCAUCAGGGGGCCAUCCAAGCAGUGUGGGGGCCAGAGGGAGAUGUUGGAUAAUGUGCCUGUUUUUUAACUCUACUUCAAGCCUACCUCCAAAUCCCCUUUCCGUUCUUCCUCCUCCCUACCUGGGCCUUCAGCCUUCUGCCCUCAAUUGAAUUGGGAGCCCCCCAGGCCCCCACACCCCAAGCACCCGAGCUCCUGAGUCACAGGGGAGCCCCUCAGACAUCCUCUCCUUGCACGCUUGCUAGCAGCUGGUAAGGCCUCGAUGCCCCUCGUCGUUCCUCGGGCUUCUGCCAGGCGAGGCUGGCAGUGGUGGGGGAGGGGCACAGGACGUGGCAGUGCCCCCGGGGAGCCCUUUCUGCUUGGCCCCGAGACUGGGCCUCUCUCACUGUCACUUUGGAGUCGAGGUGUCAUUUUUUUAAGUUCCUGUAUUCCAGACAUUAGUACAAUAAACAUUUUUACAUGGA